AGUGAGUGCUGGAUGAAAUCUCUGCGGUGCAGAGCUAGAAAACAACAACAACAAAAACAGCACCCAUCCACUUCAACGCAGCUUUUCUGGCUUAAGGACAUAAUACAGUAUUUGGAGUAUCCGGGACAGGAGCCAUCCACCGGUACUCGCCUGUUUCUUGUAUUUAUGUUUUUAAGUCUGGCGAGAGGACGCGCACUUGCGCACUGAGACUUGACUUUCUCCAGUCUUGAGCAGAGUCCGAAGACGACUGCAGCUGUCGAGGUUUGCCUGCCCUUAUGAAGCAAAUGUCGUUCGCAGUGCAUUAGUCCAGAAAGUUUUUCUUUUCUUUUCUUUGUUUGUUGUUUUAACAUUUUGAUGCCCCAGCGCUCCAGUGCGUCGUGUUUGGACACUCGCUGAGAACAUUGCAUGCGAACAGAGGGGAAAGAACAGCAAAAGUCGGUUUUUGCGACGCUGGUAAACACUUUGCUGAAGAGCAGGGACACGAUGAGCUCUGAUCUCUCCAUGGGGCCCGAGCUGCCCACCAGCCCGCUGGCGUUGGAAUAUGUCAAUGACUUUGAUUUAAUGAAAUUCGAGGUGAAGAAAGAGGCCAUGGCGGGGCUCGACCGCUCCAACGUACGGCAGUGCAAUCGCCUCCAGCCACAGGGCUCCGUAUCCUCAACCCCGAUCAGCACCCCGUGCAGCUCAGUCCCGUCCUCCCCGAGCUUUAGCCCAACGGAACAGAAGAACCACCUGGAAGAGCUGUACUGGAUGCCCAGCAGUGCUUACCCGCAGCAGAUCGACCCUCAGACGUUAAGCCUGACGCCCGAAGACGCCGUGGAGGCGCUGAUCGGGGCCACAGCCCACGGGCACCCUCCACCCCCUCACGUUCAGCAGCAGCUGCAGGCGGGAGGGUUCGAUGGCUACAGGGGAGCGCAUCACCACCACGGCCACCCGCAGCAGCACCACCACCAAUACGGCGGGAUCCCGCAUCACCCGGACGAGCUGCCGGGUCACCCCAGCGCGCACGGCCACCACCCGCACCACCAUCAUCACGUCCAGGACCCCGACAGCCCUUCUCCUGACUCCCCUGAGUCCCACCAGCAGCUCCACCACCGUCAUCAUCACCAUCACCACCUGGGCCAACAGGGUCACCAUGGCGUGGGGGCUGGCCUUAACGUGGAGGACCGUUUCUCCGACGACCAGCUGGUGUCCAUGUCGGUACGGGAGCUCAACAGACACCUGCGAGGCUUCACUAAGGACGACGUGAUCCGUCUGAAGCAGAAGCGCCGGACUCUGAAGAACCGGGGUUACGCGCAGUCCUGCCGCUACAAGCGCGUGCAGCAGAAGCACGUGCUGGAGAACGAGAAGACGCAGCUCAUCAAUCAGGUGGAGCAGCUCAAGCAAGAGAUCAAUCGGCUGGCCCGAGAGAGAGACGCCUACAAACUCAAGUGCGAGAAACUGACCGGAGCGAACGGGUUCCGCGAGGCGGGAUCCACCAGCGACAACCCGUCCUCUCCAGAGUUCUUCAUGUGAGUGCGGUUCUUUUGACUGAGAGACAUCCGAGCAGUCCACAUGACCUGCUACGAUCAUUCUAAUAACAACAACAGAUAUAUUUACAUUAGAAGAAUAAUCCACAAGAAAUAAUAAUAUUAUGUAAUCGUGGCCACCGAACCUGGCAACUGAAAUACUAUGAACAUGUUAGAAUGUUAUCUUUGGGGGAAACUGUAGAUUAGUUGCUCGUAGUACUUUAGGAACAAAAGAGAAAGCCAAGAACUGGGUUUUAUAUUUAGGGUAACUUCAGAUCAGAGCCUUCUUUCCAUUUGAUUUGUUCUCGGUUGUUCAGGAAAAAGGGGAGGACAGAAAGACCUAUGUUUGGGCUGUACGGAGAGAGGAACUAUGUACUUUUUCCACAAAGAGUUGAGAGCACCACAAUAUGCAAAACCUUCUACUUCUCCUGAAUUAAGCCGACAGGGGGACGUUAUGCAACAUCUUAUUGGUUUAUUGCCUGCUUGGUUAUAUAUAGAUAUAUAUUAAAAGAAAAAGAAAAACGAUAAAAACAGAUACAUAAAUCUGCAUUAAGAUAUUAAUCCUGCAUGCUGGACAUGUAUGGUAAUCAUUUUUAUUUUAUACCCUAACCCUUUUCUUUCUUUCUUUCUUUCUUUCUUUCUUUCUUUCUUUCUUUCUUUCUUUCUUUCUGUUUGUUAUGUAUCAUAAAAGAGCAUGUUUUUGACCUUUAGCUCUUUUUGGGGAGACGAGACUGGCUCUCCAGUUGCUCAAUAAUGGGUUCAUUUGGGCUUGUAAAUAGAUGAACAGCAAACCCAUGGAACCGACAUCGAAGAGCUGAUUGUUUUCCAACUAUUAUGUUUGUUUCUCAUUUUGGGAAUGGAUUUCCAGUAAUGGACAUUUUUGUAGUUGCAUUUUAACUUUGUAACGGGCACUUUUGGGUAAUGAUUUUGGUAUUUGCAGUUGUCAUAUGGAGUUAAAAGUGUUUUUUUUUUUUUUUUUUUUUUUAAAGGGAUACAAAUCUGUAUCAAGAAACCCAGUUUUGUUGAUUUAGGCUGGUGCAUUAUCUAUUCAAUAGUAUAAGCAAUACUUGGGCCUUUAUGUCGUGUCGUUUCACUUUUGAUGGAUUUAAUUUUAACGAACGGGAACACUUUCAUCAACAUUUAUUUUAUUUAUUUUUUUUUUGUUUUUUUGUGACAUGAGCUGCCUGCCAGUUUUAUAACAUUUCAAAGAAUAGUUUCUAUAAUCAGUCCAGCUCGAGGGUGAAGGCUUCCUAAAUCAGGGGUUUGUGUAUUAUUGGCUAACAUGAAAACUGCGCAUGUAUUUCAAUGGAAAGUUUCAAUGUUAAAUGUUAAAUCUUUAUUUUUUUUUUCUGCCGGUCAGUAAAAAAAUAAGGGAUUCAGGUUCUGCAUAUAAUCUCAAAAUGAAAAUUAUGUCUCAUGUUAUUGUUCUGUUUUUGUUUGUUUUAUUAUAAUGUGUAAAUUCUGGUUCUGCUGGCCAGAUGCAUAGUUUUUAUUUUAAUUAUUAAAUUAACAAACUGUCCGAUUACAUUGAAUAAGCAUGGUGCUUGCAUCUAAGAAAUAUUGUUAAAAAGUCAUGCAUUUAACAAUCUUUUUUUUUUCUUUCUUGGUUUAUUACUGAUUCAACUGUGUUGAAAUCAAAUGUAAACUGCAGCAGCGGGUUGUUGUUUUGUUUGUUUGUUACUUUCACGUAUUAUGUAGGGAUCAAUUUUGAAAACUGUUUAUAUAAGUGGAAAAAAUAAUAGAGUUCCAUUCGGACUGUUUCAUUCAGGCUGGUUUCUGUUUCGUUUUUGCUGUUUUUGGAAGAAAUUGUUUCCUAUUUUGCUUAUUAAAGUCAGUGAAAUGACAUCGAUUUGGCAGCCAGUCAUUUAAUGUGUCAAUUCCUGUGUCUGUCCAAGUUAUACAACUUUAAGGGCUCACAGCAUGACGCAUUGAUUUAGAUCAUGUUCAAUGGCUUAUUUAAAAAUGUACAUUUUGACGGGUGUAUAAUAUUUGUGAGCAGGCCUUGCCGUGCAGACUUUAUCUCGCUGUUGCAAUAUGAGGCAGAUGGGCAGCGCUCCAAGUAUAAAUUCAUUAUUUUUAAGACUGCAAGCUGUUUGACGUUUCAUUUAAAUGUAUAUUGAUAAGGAAAAAUGACAGUCCAAUUAACAUUAUAAUUGAAAUGUAUUUAUAUCUCGUUUAUGAGCGCAUAUUUUAAAUGUAGGCCUAUUAAGAGCGGAUGUACACGUUUA